AUGGCGCCAGCUCUCGGCGGGCGUCUUGCCGAGCCGCCAGCGGGAGGUGCCUUGCCAGGUGCGCCCGCAGCCGGAGGCGUUGGCGCACCGCCCGGCGCUGUGCCUGGCCCGCCGGCGGCGGGCCCCGCCGCCGCCCUCGGAGGCGUGGCCCCAGCGGCCGGGCUUGGUGGCCUGGUGGCGGCACUCGGCGGACCCGCAGCAGGAGCGCCCGCAGGAGUUCUUGUCCCCGCCGCUCCUCCGCCGGCUGGCCCUGCCGCAGCCUGCGCCGCGGCCGCCGUGGCUCCAGGGGUUGGGGCGGCGCCUGCCGGUGCUGCCGUCGGCGCCCCUGUGCCUGGCGCGGCAGACGCGGCGGCUGUCGCUGCACCUCCUCCCGUGGCCUUUGGGGGCGUCCCCGCCGAUGCACGGACGCUCCCUGUGGUCUACGACAUGGUGGGCAACCGUCGGCGAGAGUUUCGUGACGCGGUGCUGGCAUGCCGGGAGGACCAGUGGGAAGGGUGGCCGGUGCGCGGCCCCCGCGCUACCCACUGGGUCCUCCGGUACAUCGUUGACCACGGCGGAACUCCGACUGGGAUGCACUCCCGAUGGCGGAGCGAAGCUCGUCUCCAAGAGCACGAGCCAGGAGUGCAGGAGCAUGAACGGGCCUGCCGGGCGCUGGAGGAGCUGCUCUGUUUCGACCAGUGCAACGGGGCCAACUUGGCGGCCGCUGAGCUGCUGGCGCGCACCACCCAGGUGCAGCAGGAGCGCUACCGGGACAGGAGCGCUGGCGGCACGGCCAGCGUCAGCCACGACAACGUGGACGCCCACCUCUUCAUGGGCAGCGAGCUCACCAGGGGAGGCGUGUGCGCGUGCCCUCUCCUCCAGGAGUGGGCCAGCCUUCAGCUGGCUAAGGAGCAGGCGCUGCUGAAGGAGCGCCGCAAGGCGCGCGAGGAGAGGGAGCUUGCAAAGAAGGGCAACAAGAAGAAGAACAACAGGGAGGAAGAGGGGUGA